GCGGAGUGCAGACGCCCACGAAAAACACGACGAGACUCCGUGUACUCCAGAUGAGUGAUCAAUCCACAGACACUCAGGGAAAGAAGAAUCUCCUAACGUCUCGACCACUAGUCCCGGCAUCUUCGCGAUCUGUUUGAGAUACAGAGCAACAAGCAGAAGGGGAAUACUAUAAACCGUUGGAUCAUCGUUUUAACGUAGUGAAGUAUUUAACGUUACAGCCCAGAUUUGAACAAAUUCACUCCAGCGCUCGGCGGAUUCAGAAAACCCGGCGUGAUCGAUUGACAAAACCGGCCUUUAGACUCACUGCCUUCGGGGAUGGGGCUUCUGUUCGCCAAACUGAUGACUGUGUUCGGAGACAGAGAACACAAAGUAAUUAUUGUCGGUUUGGACAAUGCCGGAAAGACCACCAUCCUCUACCAGUUUUUAACUAAAGAAGCCGUGCAGACUUCUCCCACAAUUGGCAGCAACGUGGAGGAAAUUGCUGUGAAGAAAACGCGCUUCCUCGUCUGGGACAUCGGUGGUCAGGAGAGUCUCCGAGCGACCUGGAACUCGUAUUACUGUAACACAGAGAUUGUCAUCCUGGUGGUUGACAGCACUGAUCGAGAACGCCUGACUGUAACUAAAGAGGAGCUUCAUCGCAUGCUUGCACACGAGGAUCUGCAGAACGCAUCCGUGCUGGUUUUGGCGAAUAAGCAGGACAUGAAGAACAGCAUGUCUGCUGCAGAGAUCUCUCAGAGUCUGACUCUUGGCUCGCUCAACGCUCGCUCCUGGCAUGUCCAGGCCUGCUGCGCACUCACUGGAGAAGGCUUACCAGCCAGUCUAGAUUGGAUGCGCUCCCGUGUUGUGGCGAAUUAGUCCAGCAGUGAUGCUUCUUAAACCUCUGGAACUGCUAAAAGAGAGAUCAGGCCUUCUUAAGACCUUCUUCCAGCUCUCAGUGCCUCUGUUGGAGUCACCUUCAAAUAGAAACGCGCUUCAUCCACUUACUCUGGAUACCAGAACAAGCCUGGAGACUCUGUGUGUGUGUGUGUGUGUGUGUGUGUGUGUGUGUGUGUGUGAGAGAAAUCCAGAGAGAGAGAGAGUGUGUGUGUGUGUGUGUGUGUGUGUGUGUGUGUGUGUGUGUGUGUGUGUAAAUGUGUAUAAACAUUGUGUUUGUACAUUAUGUGACUCCGUUCUAGAGGUCCACAUGUUUACAUUACUGACUUUUGCAAUGACCUGAGCUGAUCAUGUGUUUUCGCCUCUGUAUUCCCUCCGGCUGUGCUGACGGCUCCGCUUCUCACAUGGAGUUAUUGUUUACAGGCAUACAUCUCAAAGGAGAGGUGGGGGGUGAUGGUUCACAUGCCUGUACUGAUUCAUGAUGAGCCACUAAGCUACUGAACAAGCAUUACUUGAAGUAUUUAAAGGGAAUUGAUUUGUGUGUGUUCUAGAGAUGUGUGCAUGCAGAAUGGAAGUGUUGAAGGAUUUUAUUUUUGAAAGUAUGUAUAUUGGAUAUUCAUAGUAUGUUUCUUAUAUAAUUUUGUACAAAAGUUUUGUACAAAUAAAAAUCUACUCAGACAUG